AUGUGCAACUUCGAUGCAGAGGAAGAAGAAGAAAAACCCCACAAGGACAAAGAGCCUUCAGAACCUAUAGCUCCAACUAUUUCUUCACAACCGGAGCCUAAUCUCUCUGAGGCCAAGCAAGAAGAAGCGGAGGAAGCUGCAAAUAAGAGCUGUGUUCACCAUGUUAACAAUGGUGUUUCUCUAAAUGAGGUAUCUAGAGAUUGGUGCUGUGGCAACGUUACGGAUUUAUAUUUUGGGUUCCUCUUGAUUCUCCAAGAUUUUGCUGAGCAGCUUAUCGACGCAGUUAUAGCAGAGGUUGUUACUAACUAA